GACCUCCCUUGAUUUUCUCACGCGUUUUCUCACCUCAACGACUAUUUUCCGUUUGUCAAAAUUCCUUCCGUAUUUUCGUCACGACAUGAAAAGAUCGGACAAUUCCGAAAGGCGAGUGCUGAGAAAAUCCUUCGAUUUUAUGGCCAUCCUAGGGGUGUAUUUAAUACCAGCAAAGACGCAUAUAAACUAGCGCUGGGGAACCCUGGGGCGCUCGUCAACGGAACAGUAGAGCCACCAGCAAUCGCCUUUACUUUCGAUUUUGCCACCCGUUGUUCCUACCUCAUCGGGAAUCACCCUGGGGCUUUCCCAAGAGCCUCUCCGUCCUGCACUAUUACCAGCCACCUCCGGCAGGCCCCCUCCGCCCCGACCUCAGCUUCUCACCGUACUCCUCCCCACCUCAGAAAGCAACAACCUACACUUACCUAGCAGACCUCAAGCUUAGGUAACCCACCCACGUGUCCACACGCAGACGACGUUCAGGCUCUCCGGUUGCGACUGACCCUGCUGAGGGUGGAGCUUAAAAUAAGGGUGGGUACCUCCUAUAUUCUGACUACCCCACCUCAGAUCCCCUCGUCCCCGUUCGCCGUACCACCCUAUCGCCAACCAGGAGAAACGACAUGGGGGGUGAGUUCAGCACGCUCAAGCCCGCUCCGAGUGCCAGGAACAGACAGUCGUCGAAACUGAAGUGCCAGCGGCAACUUGCCGAGCAGGACUGGUGCGCUCCUGCUUUGACAUAUAUAUAUUUGUUUAAGUGCCUUGAGGAAGCGGGAAGAUUCAUUCAGACGUGAGAAAAGAAGAUACGAUCUCCCGUUUCCGAAAUCCUCACACCUGUUCCGCUCGCCCACGUAUUUCUCUUGUCGAUAUCGACAAUCGAUUUUGACGUUCGUAAACGUUCAGUGUCUCCGAUCCAGUGGCGACGUGUGUCGAGUAUACCUAUGUGAUCAAGCGUCGCGAGGGGAGUUUAUGAAGUCAUUAAGAGUCCGGAACCAAAAUGGCACCCAUGAUCGAGAAUCAGAGACGCGGAGGCAGCGCGAUCCUGAACAGCGAUCCCUACAUCAACAGUUGGAGGCGAAGGCAGGCUGCGCACAAAGGAAGCAGUCCUACUUCAGACACCGUGGAUCUGAGCUCCCACCAACAUCACAAAGAGAAUUCGAUAAUCGGCGCUGGUGGCCUGGUCUCGUCCGGUCCCCAGGAAGUUGUGAUGAAAGAGAAAAGCAAGAACGCGGCGCGAACGCGUCGCGAGAAGGAGAAUCAAGAGUUCUUUGAGCUUGCUAAGCUACUUCCGCUUCCGGCGGCCAUCACGACGCAGCUCGACAAGGCCAGCAUAAUUCGAUUGACCACGAGUUACUUGAAGCUCAGAGAGCUCUUUCCGGACGGUCUAGGAGAUUUUUGGGGCGCGACCCCACCCCCGAGCAACCCACGCGAAGCCAGCAUCAAGGAGCUGGGAUCAUGUCUCUUACAAACUUUGGACGGAUUCAUUUUCGUGGUGGCGCCCGACGGGAAGAUCAUGUACAUCAGCGAAACGGCCAGCGUGCAUCUGGGUCUCUCGCAGGUGGAACUAACCGGAAAUAGCAUUUACGAAUACAUUCAUCAAUGGGACCACGAGGAAAUGGCGGCUGUUCUCAGUCUAAGUCACGCGUCUUCCGGAAACGGUGGAUUUCCUUUACCGGCGGCGAACGCCCGCGGCGAAAUCGAAUUGGAGCGCGUUUUCUUCCUGAGGAUGAAGUGCGUCCUCGCCAAGAGGAACGCCGGACUGACGGCCGCGGGAUUCAAGGUGAUACACUGCUCGGGAUACCUGAAGGUGAAACAGUUCAAUCUGCCGAGCCCAGUGGGAUCCGAAUACGAGGACACGGGCUGCAUACAGAACGUCGGCCUCGUGGCUGUGGGUCACUCGUUACCGCCGAGCGCGAUAACGGAGAUAAAAUUGCAUCAGAACAUGUUCAUGUUCAGGGCGUCUCUGGAUCUCAAGCUUAUAUUCCUAGACGCUAGGGUCUCCCAGCUCACCGGUUACGAGCCUCAGGAUCUCAUUGAGAAGACGCUCUAUCGAUACGUUCAUGGCUGCGACCUGAUGCAGAUGCAACAAGCUCAUCGAAUACUCUUAUCCAAGGGCCAAGUCACUACCAGGUACUACAGAUUCCUUACGAGGACCGGCGGCUGGGUGUGGAUGCAGUCUUACGCCACGAUAGUCCACAAUUCACGAAGCUCCAGACCCCAUUGCAUCGUGUCCGUGAACUACGUGCUGUCCGAAAUGGAGUCUGCUGAUCUGAUACUCAAUGCGGAGCAAAAGUUUCCAUCGUCCAGUCCCGGCAACCCACCGAGUGCGCCCCUGUCGACCUGUGUCUCGGGAACAGGAAGCAGUCACGAUCUGGAUGCCGAGCAUAGUCCUACUCCGCCCUAUAGAGGAAGAACCAACGAACCACCGGAUACCGAGUACACGGACAGUUCCGGAUAUCCUGGAACAGAUUACGUGCAAUACCUACCCUCGACGUAUGCGCCGACACUGAGUGCCAAUAGUACCAGCCACGAGGACGAGGCUUACUAUCCGGCCGAUCUCUUCUAUCAGUAUGGAGGUAUACAUCACGACUCUCUGUCGACUUUCCACCAUCAGCAGCAUCCUCAGCUACUUCAUCAUGGCCACACGCCGGCGACCAUCCAUCCGCAGCAGCCUGGUACUCAGAGCGAGAGGAAGAGGCCGUACUCGAGCCUGACCCAGCAGCAACAUCAGAGCAGUUCUCAGAGCGAAAGGAAGAGACCGUACUCGGCGACCACCUUGCAGCAGCAGCACAGUCCUCAGAAUCAACAGAAGAGGCCAUAUUCGGCAUCCUCGAAUUCCUGUGGCAGUUCGGACACCUCCGACACGCAUCUACCAAGUCCCCUGGGUCUCCAUUCCCUACCACCAGGAUAUCCCGCUCAUCAUCAUCUCCUAGAGUCAUCCUCGUCUUCCACGACCAACGUCAGCGAACCGGAAGCCAUAAUGUUCUCGAGUUGUGGCUAUAAUAAUAACAAUUCCUACGGAGAGAGCGCCGUCGGUAUACCUCAUCAUGAGUCAUAUCCACCGGGCCACUCUGAACAUCAUACCGCACCGCGGCAUCCCCAUCAUCACCUGGAACAUCCAUUGGAAGCGCCGGCUUACACCAGCGUCAUCGUAGACUCCCAACAAUAUAGUCCAGGAACUGUCCAAGCUCUUCACGCGCAUUCUCAUGCAACUGCUGUCGCCGCGUCAGUGCCGGUAGGUACCACGCCGCCGCUUGCCACGUCACAUCAACAUCACCAUGAGACACAUCAUCAUCAAUUCGUUCACUGACCCGUGCUCGAGGUGCCGACUUAGCACUUCUCAAAGCUCUAGAAGCCCUCGAGGAUGACCUCGGCUUUUCCGGUUCUCCAAAAAGAGGAAUAAACGAUACGUCAAGUGAAAGCUAAGUUAUCCGAGGGAAAGCUCGAUAUUCUGGACACGCAAAAUCCCAGUUAUACGUUAUACGUAGAGUCUAUGACACUUGGUAUUAUCAAUUUAUUUUAUUCUGAACAAAGAACGUAACAGAUCUUGAAUGCGUAUCAUACGUAAUGCGUGUACUAUUCGUAUGAAACAUUUUUCAUUCAGCAAGAGAAAAUCGCUUGGCGCUGAGUGUCAAUGAAGAAUUUUCGAAUAAUCUAAAUUUCGUUGACGCAACAUAAUAAAUCCUGGCUUAUCGGAUUCGAUAUUCUGAAUUGAGUCUUAUAGGAAAUUCGCGCUGGACGCGAGUCACGCCGGGGGUUCUAAUUGACAAUAGGAGUCCAGUGAUAUAAUCAAAAAGUGACAAAGAUAAGGGAAAGGGAGGGGAGAUAAAAUAGAUAAAUUUAAAAGACGGCGUGAUCUGCGAUACAAUAGCUAAUAGUAAUGUCCACAAGACGAGCGUAAGUCCUAUUCUAGUGUAAAUAUUUGGCGAUAGUCGGAGUUUAUCGAUUUUCUUUUAGUGUAAAUAACGUGAAAGUGUAAAUGAACUUACAGUUAGGAAUUUAAGGUAAAUUACCAAUACGAAGUGUGUAUAAUCUUACAUAGAUCCGAAGACUGACCGGUGCUUGUGCCAACCGACCAAAGAUGCGCCCACUUAUUGAACGAAAGAAUGAAUUAACAAUAAUUGUUAUAUUUUUAUCCGCGUUUAUUUAACGAAUAGCUCUCGAAUUAUCGGGAGGGAUCCGAGUACGUAUGUAAAUAGCGUAUCCCAAAUACCAGUAUACCUAACGACUAAAAAUAUUUAAUAUAAUAAUUUUUUCCCCAACUUUUUCUUGCCGGAUUCGAUGAUAUAUCGAAACGGAUAAAUAGACGAACGAGUAUACAUAUAUAAAUACGAAUAUAUAAAUAUUAUACAUAUAGCAUAUAUGUACAUCGAGCACGUAUAUAAAUAUUAUACAUACACGAUUAUUUAUAUUAAUAUAAAUUAAGAGUGUGACAAAAUUCGACAGUGUAAUCUAUUUUACGGGAUUUCGAAAUUAAGACGUGUAAAUAUUGUACAAGUAUGAUAAGCAGUGCAUUGCCUAUACACCGAAAAUAUAUCAUAUUUUCCUCUGA